AUGCAACGUACAUCCUUUACCCGCAUCGAUCCCAAGCGGCGCGCAGAUGUCGACCACAAGAAACGCCAAUUCGCAAAGGCGACAUGGAGGGAGCAGGACUACAAGCACCGGCUUAAUUUCUAUACCGUACCACCUACCGCAGAAAUCACGCUCGAAGAGUUUGAGGAGUGGGCAAUUGCGAGACUAAAGGUCCUCUCCGAGCUCGAAGCUUGUAGCUUUCGCAACCGCUCCCCCGAAGAAACGGCCUCGUACAUGACGCCCAUUCUCGAGAAGUACCUGCCGCUCCACAGCAACAGCAGCCGCAGCACCCAGCUAGAUGCCGAGCGUAAGAAAGACCAUUACUCACACUUUAUCCUGCGCCUCGCCUUCUCCGCGACCGAGGACCUACGCCGCCGCUUCGCGCGCCUGGAGACGCUGCUAUUCCGCCUCCGCUGGCGGGAGGAGAACGCGAACGAAAGACGUGAAUUUGUCGACAGUUUGGAUAUGGGUGGACAGUGGGACAAGGUGACCGAGGAAGAGAAGAAGGAGUUGGGUCAGGACUUGCUCAACGCGACGGCAGGAGGUAAAAGAGCUGAGGAGGAGGGCUGGUUCAAAGUAGAUUGGGAGAAGGUGCCGGAGCUGGUGGAACAGAGGAAGGUGCUUAUCAGGAGAGGGGUGGCUUAUGUACCUGUGAGGGAGCAAUCAAGCUUGAUUGUUGCUGAGUACACGAGGAGAUUGGACGAGGCAUUGCUGUUGGCGUCUCGCGCCCUACCCCGCCUCGAUGAGGAUGACCGACUCUCCCCCAUUCUCUCUCACCUCUCAAAUAACUUCACCGCGCCGGAUACCACCUACUCAUCUGACACCGCCAUCGACGGCCUCUCCGCCCCCACCGCCGCCUCCGUCGACGCGCUAUCCAAGCAUUUCCCCCUCUGCAUGCAGCAUCUGCACCGCACCCUCCGCCAGAAUUCGCACCUCAAGCACUUCGGUCGGCUGCAAUACACGCUCUUCCUGAAGGGCAUCGGCCUCUCGCUGGAAGAGUGUCUGAUUUUCUGGCGCCGCAGCUUCAAGCUCAUCACAGACGAGAAGUUCAACAAGGAGUACCGCUACAACGUACGCCACGCCUACGGCGACGUCGGCGGCGACGCCAACCGCCGCGGCCGCGGCUACACGCCGUACUCGUGCCAGAAGCUCACCACGGAGCCGCUGCCCGGCCCCGGCCAGACGCACGGCUGCCCGUACAGGUCGUUCGCGCCCGAGAACUUGGUCUCGAUGCUCCAGCAGACGGGCGUCCAUGACGGGCAGGUGCUGAAGGAGGUCAGGGACGAUGUGCAGAGGCAGCGGUAUCACAUUGCGUGCAACCGCGUGUUUGAGUGGAAGCACAAGGGCGAGAUCAAGAAGGUCAAGGACGAGGGGACGUGGGGCGCCAGUCAGAUGGAUACCAUCUUGCACCCGAACGAGUAUUUCAAGAGGAGUUUCUUGCUGGGACACUUGGGAGAGGAGGGAGGCAGUGCAUUAAGGGAGAACAUCAGGUCGCAGGGUUGA